GCUUGCCUCCCACGGCGGGAAGGCGGAGCCUGCGGUGGUGUCUGUCUGCUCCGUUAGGACCUCGGAGAGCGCCGGGCGCGGGGACCAGAGGGACUGGUGAAGCGGCCGGAGCCGGGCCAGACCGACGCCUGCGAGCCCGCCUCCCUCGGCACCCUCAGCUUUCCGGGCUGGCUGGCGGCUCUUGGCGGCUGAGAAAGUUUUUAAAAUGAAGAAAUUUAAUUUCCGAAAAGUUUUGGAUGGCUUAACUGCCUCCUCCCCUGGCAGUGGUAGCAGCAGUGGCAGUAACAGUGGUGGUGGAGCUGGAAGUGGUUCGGUGCAUCCAGGAGGGACUGCAGGGGUUCUCAGAGAGGAGAUUCAGGAAACCCUGACUUCAGACUAUUUCCAGAUAUGUAAGACAGUUCGGCAUGGUUUUCCUUAUCAGCCUACAGCAUUAGCCUUUGAUCCAGUUCAGAAAAUCUUGGCUAUUGGGACAAGAACAGGUGCUAUAAGAAUACUUGGGAGACCUGGUGUUGAUUGUUAUUGUCAACAUGAAAGUGGUGCAGCUGUUCUGCAGCUUCAAUUCUUGAUCAAUGAGGGUGCUUUGGUCAGUGCGAGUUCAGAUGAUACACUUCAUUUGUGGAACCUUAGACAGAAAAGGCCAGCUAUUCUUCAUUCUCUUAAAUUUAACAGAGAACGAAUUACUUACUGUCAUCUACCUUUCCAGAGUAAAUGGCUCUAUGUUGGAACAGAAAGAGGAAAUACACAUAUUGUAAAUAUUGAGUCUUUCAUUCUUUCUGGAUAUGUUAUCAUGUGGAACAAGGCAAUUGAACUAUCCACAAAGACUCAUCCAGGUCCAGUUGUACACUUAAGUGACAGCCCAAGAGAUGAAGGGAAACUGCUGAUAGGUUAUGAAAAUGGUACUGUAGUAUUCUGGGACUUGAAAUCUAAAAGAGCAGAACUGAGAGUUUAUUAUGAUGAGGCUAUUCAUUCAAUUGAUUGGCAUCACGAGGGCAGACAGUUCAUGUGCAGCCAUUCAGAUGGUAGCUUGACUUUAUGGAACCUGAAAAGUCCAAGUCGUCCUUUCCAGACCACAAUUCCACAUGGAAAAAGUCAAAGAGAAGGAAGAAAACCUGAAUCUUGCAAACCAAUUCUUAAAGUAGAAUAUAAAACCUGUAGAAACAGUGAACCAUUCAUAAUAUUUUCUGGUGGACUGUCCUAUGACAAAGCUUGCAGAAGACCAAGUUUAACCAUCAUGCAUGGAAAGGCAAUUACAGUGCUUGAAAUGGAUCAUCCUAUUGUUGAAUUUCUAACUUUAUGUGAAACACCCUAUCCAAAUGAAUUUCAAGAACCCUAUGCCGUUGCAGUACUUCUGGAGAAAGAUCUCAUUGUAGUUGAUCUGACACAAAGCAACUUUCCAAUCUUUGAAAAUCCAUAUCCCAUGGAUAUUCAUGAAUCACCAGUUACAUGCACAGCAUACUUCGCUGAUUGCCCACCAGAUUUGAUUCUAGUGCUCUACUCCAUAGGAGUCAAGCAUAAAAAACAAGGAUACAGUAAUAAGGAGUGGCCAAUAAGUGGAGGAGCUUGGAACCUUGGCACACAAACAUAUCCAGAAAUUAUUAUUACUGGUCAUGCAGAUGGAUCAAUAAAGUUUUGGGAUGCUUCUGCAAUAACUCUUCAGAUGCUGUACAAGCUAAAAACGUCAAAAGUGUUUGAAAAACAGAAGGUAGGAGAAGGAAAGCAAACAUGUGAAAUUGUAGAGGAAGAUCCGUAUGCCGUUCAGAUGAUGUACUGGUGUCCAGAGAGCAGAAUAUUCUGUGUAUCAGGAGUCUCUGCAUAUGUCAUAAUUUAUAAAUUCAGCAGACAUGAAAUUACAACAGAAAUAGUGUCAUUAGAGGUACGACUUCAGUAUGAUAUUGAAGACAUUAUCACCCCAGAACCAGAAACAAGUCCUCCAUUUCCAGAUCUCUCAUCCCAGCUUCCUUCUUCAAGGAGUCUUUCUGGGAGCACUAACACUGUAUCUAGUGAAGGAGUAACAAAGGACAGUAUCCCAUGCCUCAAUGUUAAGACUCGACCAGUACGGAUGCCUCCAGGAUAUCAAGCAGAACUUGUUAUUCAGUUGGUAUGGGUGGAUGGUGAACCUCCUCAGCAGAUUACUAGCCUUGCCAUAAGCUCAGCAUAUGGAAUAGUUGCAUUUGGGAACUGCAAUGGGUUGGCUGUGGUGGAUUUUAUACAGAAGACAGUACUGUUAAGCAUGGGGACCAUUGACCUAUAUAGAUCAAGUGACCUAUAUCAACGACAACCACGGUCUCCUCGAAAAAACAAGCAGUUCAUUGCAGAUUCUGGUAUGAUAUCACUUCCUUUCACUUUAGACUAUUUUUCUCUCUUUCUUCUGCCUGCUGCUGAUGCUGGUGUUCUGGCAUGUUCCAAAGACAACUUUUGCAUGCGUGGCCUGUCUAACUUUUAUCCUGAUUUAACGAAACGGAUCCGUACUUCCUAUCAGAGUUUAACUGAGCUGAAUGACAGUCCAGUUCCCCUGGAACUUGAGCGCUGCAAGUCUCCCACUUCAGGACUUGCUACCAGAACUCCUGAGGCAGCACCAGGCUUUUAUAGGAAUGAAAUACCAGCUGUGAGACAGAGGAAUCAAGUACAUCACUUGCCAGUUAAAGGAUCAAGAAAGUUAAGUCUGCCAACAGAUCUUAAGGCUGAUCUUGAUCAUGUAAAUGGACACUGCACAAGUCCAACUUCUCAGAGUUGCGGUUCUGGAAAACGUCUAUCUAGUGCUGAUGUGUCAAAAGUAAAUCGCUGGGGUCCUGGAAGACCACCCUUUCGAAAAGCCCAGUCAGCAGCUUGCAUGGAAAUAUCUUUACCAGUUACAGCAGAAGAAAGUCGAGAAAAUUCCUAUAAUCGUUCUAGAAGCUCCAGCAUCUCCAGUAUUGACAAAGAUUCUAAAGAAGCAAUUACCGCACUAUACUUCAUGGAGUCCUUUGCUCGGAAGAAUGACUCUACUAUCUCCCCUUGUUUGUUUGUUGGAACUAGUCUAGGAAUGGUAUUAAUCAUCUCCUUAAACCUACCUUCAACAGAUGAACAAAGAUUUACAGAACCAGUCAUGGUAUUGCCAAGUGGUACAUUCCUCUCAUUAAAAGGAGCUGUCCUAACAUUCUCCUGUAUGGACCGAACUGGCGGAUUAAUGCAACCUCCAUACGAAGUUUGGAGGGAUCCAAACAACAUAGAUGAAAAUGAGAAAUCUUGGAGAAGGAAACUGGUCAUGAACUUCCCCUCUCCAUCCCAAGAAAUAGGAGAUCAUCAGUAUACAAUAAUCUGCUCAGAAAAACAAGCCAAAGUCUUCUCACUGCCGUCUCAGACUUGCCUCUAUGUUCAUAACAUUACCGAGACAUCUUUUAUACUGCAAGCCAACGUGGUGGUCAUGUGUAACAGUGCCUGCUUGGCAUGCUUUUGUGCCAAUGGGCAUAUCAUGAUAAUGAGCCUACCUAGUCUUCGCCCAAUGUUGGAUGUGAAUUAUUUGCCACUGACAGACAUGAGGAUAGCACGGACAUUCUGUUUCACCAACGAAGGACAGGCUUUAUACCUUGUCUCUCCUACUGAAAUUCAGCGGUUAACAUAUAGUCAAGAGAUGUGUGAUAACCUACAGGACAUGCUAGGAGAUUUGUUUACUCCCAUAGAGACACCAGAAGCUCAAAACAGAGGCUUUCUCAAGGGACUGUUUGGUGGAAGUGGACAAACAUUUGACAGAGAAGAGCUCUUUGGAGAAGCGUCAGCAGGAAAAGCAUCACGCAGCCUCGCACAGCACAUUCCUGGACCAGGAAGUAUAGAAGGGAUGAAAGGUGCUGCUGGAGGGGUGAUGGGAGAGCUGACUCGUGCACGGAUCGCCCUUGACGAGAGGGGACAGAGGCUAGGAGAGCUGGAAGAGAAAACUGCAGGCAUGAUGACCAGUGCAGAAGCAUUUUCCAAACAUGCGCAUGAGUUAAUGCUGAAAUAUAAGGAUAAGAAAUGGUACCAAUUCUAAACUUCUAAAGAAGCUAUGACUGCUUUAAGAAACCAUUAUUCAGGGAAACUGAAUUUAUUCCCAGCAUCACUCUUCAACUGCUAGAAGCCAGUCUGUUCUACAAAAUGUUCCAUUACAGUCCAUUUGAAGUUAUCAUAAGUGAGACUUAGCAGAGACACUGUACAACCCAAAGAUGGAACCCGGUUAAAAUCCCAAGAUAUGGCUGAAUUUGCCUUUUCCCACGUGGAACAGAGCUGGCAUCUUGGCGUGUCGUUUGCUAAGGAUUUACAUUUAGGAACUACGGGGAGUCCUUCUGAUGUGAAAAAAUCCUGUACAAACAAAAGCAUUAAUGCACUUAAUGGAAAAAAAUUUUUGCAUGAUAAAUUAACAUCUUAAAGAGGAAAAGAAAAAAAAGCAUGUUGUGACAGAAGAAAAAAAGAUUUACGGUAAACUAUUUUUAUAAAUUGGGCCACACCUGACAAUUUAAAAAAAUCUGCAUUAGAAGAUAUCAGUGCAUUUCAAGUACAUUUGCGAUACCUAACUGAAAAAGAAAACAAAACCAGAGUUUUCUUCUCAUCUAUAAUUUUCAUUAUACUAGGACAUUAUUGAAUUCUUACGGCAAGAGUUUGAUUAAAACAUUCCUCUCGCUCCAUAAUAUUUUACAUCAUUCACAGUUCUUGGUCAUAUUCAAGUAUUGCCAGUACAGUAAAUUAUUCCUAACGCAGUUGUUUCCUUUCUAUCACCUUCAGAAUAAGUUGCUACUUUUAGUCACAAACCAUGCAGGGUUGGGUCACCUCGAAGCAUUUUUUCAGCCUGGCUUAUACUCUGCAGGGGAGUUGACAACAGGUUUGGGGAAACCAGACUUAGAGGAACAAUGCAGUUAGCUCUGAGAACUGAUUUCACACACUCUGGUUUCAGUUUCUAAGGUGACAUAUUUUUAAUGCUCCAUUUGUAUCCUUGUCUGCCAAUUACACAGUAUAUUACUGUUCAGUCCCAGUGGGGUCUUCAAUUCAAAGGUGCUCUUGCAGCCUGACACUCACAGACCAAACUGGUCAUUCUCCUUAGUCUGAUUCAGUAAAACCUCAAUUAAUGUUUUAGGAAAGGGACUCUGACAUUUCCGAUUAAAAAGGGCUUUCAUUAGAAAACACAUUUUGGUUCAAUACCUAUCAUUGAAAAUCUAUAUAAAAUGUGAUGGUGUUUUUGCUAUCUUGGCUUUCGUCACCAUGUCUAUCAUAACUCAGUAAAGAGCUAGUAGAGGCAAACAAAAUAAAGACACCUGCUAGCAUUAGUUACCAUGAUUCUGGAAGUCAAAAGUCAUAGGAAAUGAAUAUAUGCAGAUUCUGGGAACCAGCCUCUAAUAUGUAUGUUGUUCCUUUUGAAGAGUCUUUUUUAAGAAAAUUAAUGAGUUUGGCUUAUUCAAUUUUGAUUAGUCAGGGUCUUACCAGAUUCACAUUUACAUUUCUUAAGAAUUCACUGCUUUCCUGAAAUCCAGGCUAUUUUAAUAGCCAAAAACAAUAUUUGUUUGUUUUUUCAGUUUUUAAAUUUUUAGUGAAUUUGAAGUGGCAUUUCCUUUAAAUGUUCUGAGUAAUUUUAAUCUUUGAGAAGAGAUGGUAGAGUCAGAAAAGGUAUACCAGGAUAGCAUUUCUCAGAGUCCUUUGAAUUCCCCUGAUUACUCAAAAAAGUCUCUCCACAAAUCUCUCCAGGCUCUUAAGAACAGCCUUAGGGUAACAGAGCCUGACUUGGAAAUACAAAAUGAUACAUAAAAUUUUAUAGUAAAAAUAUUAAAGAAACUCAAGGAGUUCCCCUGUGGCACAGCAGGUUAAGGAUUAGGUAUUGUCACUGCAGCAGCCCAGGUCACUGCUGUGGUGCAUGUUCUCUCCCUGGCCCAGGAACUCACACAUCCCACAAGCGUGGCCAAAAAAGAAAAGAAAAGAAAGAAAAGCUGAGACUAGGAUUUGGAGAACGCUGGUAGCUAAAUUGUAGUACACUAUUUUUACCAUUAGUUUCAAGGACCCAAUGUUCUGAUCAGUUACUUUAUCAUUUCUAUACUGAAAAAAAAACUAAAAGAGUAAAACAUUAGUUUUAGAAGCAAUGAAAUUCAGUCCAAAGUGACAUUAAAUUCAAUGACUAUAAGUAAAGCCCCAAUAAGAUUUGACUUAACUUGUUCUACAUCAGCACUUCUUAACAAUGGCGCUACUAACAGAAAAUUCUGUUAGGGGGCACUGUCCUUUGCACUGUAGAUGUUUAGCAACAUCCCUGGCCUCUGUCCUAGAUGCCAAUAGCAACCCCAACUCCCACCCCGCUCGCUCCAGUAAUGACAAUCAAAAAUGUCUCUAACCAUUGCCAAAAUUGCCCCCAGUUGACAGCCACUGUUCUACAUCAUUUGAAGACAGCUUAAGUGUGGAUAUAUAAUAUGUCUUGUAUAAAAUUAAGUACUACUACUGCACAGUGACAAAUUAUUAUACUCAAAAUUACAUGUGUGGUUCCUAUGCAAUAAAAUACUAUUUUGGAGAAAGCUUACAUGAAUCAAUUAAAAAUAACAAUUACAUAAUAUUUUAAAGCAUACAGAAAAAAUACCAGAAAGGACAAAAUAGCACUUCACAGAAGUGCUUAAAACUCUAGUUUUAAUGAAUAGAUCAAAUGUUUAAAAUAAGCAUAUGAAUUGGCACUAAAAUGCUUCUGAAAUGCUUGAAAAGAACAGGUUCUGUAAAGUAGUUUAAAUGUGUCUUUCAAUGUUGUUUUUAUAAACCCUUUCUUAAUGUAAAGGUAACUUCGUCCUACAAACUCCUGAAUAGUGGCAUACAAAUUAAUGAGGUUUUACUGUAUCAAAAUUAUUUUUAUAAUUCAAAGAGAUAGCAAUAACAUGAGUCUAUUGUGGAUGUGAUUUUUCUCUUUAAACAUUUCUGUUCUGUUGCACUGACCUUAGCGCAUGCACACACCCCACCACCACCACCAUCUUAUCAUCGUCAUCAUCUUUGCAAAGAGUACUGUCAGUACCUGUAAUUCUUUACAUCUCUCUUCUCUACUAUUUAAAUGCCUUGCCUCUAUUUGGAACAUAAGAAAAAUACUUCUAGUAACUCGAACAAUGAGAGAAAAUGACUCUGAGCCUUAGCUGUCAUCAAAAUUACAUUUUAUCUGCUUAAGGUGGCAUCAGAAGAUAAUGCUUGAAAACCACAGUCUCUUUGAGUUGACCUUAUCUCCUUAAGACUCCCUAAAGAGAUGAGCACUUCUUAGUGGCACAGGAGAAAAUGGGUCUUUGUAUUCUACUCAUCAAUGAGAAGCUAGAAACAUUUGUUUUCCUGGUUCUAAUAAUGUGAGCAAUAAUCCCUACCAAGAAAUCACCAAUUAACCUUGGAGUAUGAAGGGAAGGAUGAUUGGUUUAUCAUUAAUUUCAAUCCCCUACAAAAGGAGUACUAUUGACCUUGCUUUCUAUACUUCCCUGAGACCCAAUCAUCAUCAGGGUCAUUCUCUUACUAACCCUGGAAGGAUGGUGACAGAACUCAGUGAGAUGUUUUCUGAUAAUUCAGUCAUAAAGACAAUUUUUCAGUUCUUUCAUAUAGCAUUUGAAUGAUUCUUAAGUUAAUCAAUCAGAAUCCAGUUCUCUAGUUCUCAAAGAUCUUAGGGAAAGAUCUAAAGGAAAAACUUUACUGUUGGAGUCCCUUUUGAUGUGAGUCAUGUGUCCAUUUUAAAGAUAACAUUUGUCUGUUAUCCUCAUUAAGGGAUCACCAUGGCUUUGAGACAGAAAAAAGAAAAUAAAGAUUAUGCCCAAGGUUGGUUGAAGAUCAGCUCUUUGAGAUACUUACUUGGUUUUAAAAUGUUUGGCAGAAGGGGAAAAUGAAGUGAGUUUAGAAGAGUAAGCUAAAAAUCCUCUCAUUGGCUUAGGAGCAUUGGGACAACCCAGGAGUUUUAUCUGUGUGGUUAAAGCCGGUCUCUAUGGGAAGAUGCUAUAACUUGACCGCUUUUGUUCAAAGAAGGCAAUGCCAAAAAGAGUCAGACAUUCCUGUCAGGGCUUGCUCUUUGCAUCAGAAGAAACAUGGUAGCCUUCACAGCUUCCUCACCUCAGUCCUCUGGAGCCUCAACCCCAUUUCUGACCAGUAACUAUUUCACAGACACACUGCUCCAGGUGCCAGAAAUACUUGCCAGUAAGUCAUGUAUUUGGAUUGCACCAUUCCAGGGAGUGUGGCUGUAGAAGUUUAUUGCACAUAUUUGCAGACAACAUAGCCUUGAAAGUACAAAAUGAAGAAUAGGUCAGGUCUGACUUAGCAAAGAAGAGAAAGUGCCAAUUUGAUACAAGAGGGCUGGGGUAGAGAGGGACACAAGAGCCAGAGUAAAGUGGAAGAAUCUUUGGUGAGGAACCGAGGCACAAAUGGUCUAUUUAUACAUUUAUGUAGGGAAAUGAUUCUCAACUUUGGCUGUACCUAAGAAUCACCUAAGGACCUUCUAAGAUUCCCAGUCAUAAAAUCUUUCAGAGUAGGAAACAAACAUCAGUAGUUUCGAAAGCCUCCAAGGUGAUUCCAAUGUCCAGCCGAGGUUGAAAAUCACUGCUUAGGAAGAUGCAUUUGUCUACCCUGGCUGGUGUCUAAGCCCCACUUCUGAGGGGUCAGGGAAGGCAAGACAUUGGAAAUGUAGUGUUGGUCAGAUUGGUAUUCAUUCUGUGCUGCAAGUCAAAUAAAUGUUCUAAACAAAUUUAUGACCAGACAGUGCCCCAUUAACUCUUAAUAAUUCUGUUUUUGUGAUUUUGUCCCAUGUGACUUGGCCAUUAAUUAUUCCAAUUCAAACAUCUAGGUUUUGAUUGCCUUACACAUGACACAAGACACCAAGAAAUAUCACAAGAAAUUCAACAGCAUGUAACUCUAAGUGGAAAACUAAUUCUCAAUAGUUGGAUAGUAGAAAUUCUCAAAACAAUCAUUUAAUAAAUCAGGUCCAAAUUUAUUAUUCAUUCUUCGUUUGGAGGAGACAUGGGUACCAGGUACCUGUUCUGCCAUAGCUGUAUGUUAUUGGACUUGAUAUUAGCAAGAAGGAAGAACAACUCUCCCUUUUUGAUUGUUGUCUUAGCUCCCAGGGCCACUUGGACUUAUUAGUUACUGGAUGAGUGUUUAAAGGGGGAACUCACUAUGUGGCAUCCAGUGCCCUGAACGAGUGCUUUCACUUUCAAAAAGGGAGAGUCUACCUUAUUCAAGGCAAUUCUAGGAAACUUGGGAGAGUUCUCACCUCUCACGCUGCUCCUCUUUGGAACUGGCCUGGCUUCUCAACUGUAAAGCCAGAAAAUAAACGAGGUGGUGGUUAUGGACAAGUGUACACAGGAUCAAAAUCUCUAAUAAUCUAUAAUUUUUAGUACUUAAUUAUGUGAUGUUUUAUUCUAGGAAAUAAGAAACAGAUGACAUCAUUGAUGUAUCUUUCAUCUUCAGAAUUUUUGCAUCUUUUCAGAAAAUGACAAAUUACUAUUUUUCUGUUGCAUUCAGCAAUUGUGACUAUACUUAAAAUUCUUGUAGUCUGUAGAGAUAUCAAUAAAAUUGUAUAUGUUUGUACAUAGAUGCUCUCUUAUGUUAUGAUGUCAUGCACCACUAAUGAUUUUUGCAAAGAUUAAAUAUGGACAGAGGUAAGACCUUCAUUUGCAACACUGUGAACCAUGGUUUUGCAAACUAUAAUUUUUUUAAACAGGCAGGGCGGUGGUUGGGGGAGCAAUGCAUAGUAUAUGUAUUUAAACUAAAACAGAGGGAAAAAAGAUUUUACUAGAGUUUAGUCAUCUAAAACAGUACAAAAGUAGAACUAGGCAUUCAAAUUUUCCAUAAAAUUGUGGCGAUAUAUAACUUUUUGUUGGAAGACUACAAUUUUUGAGGAUGUUGACUGAUUUCACUUUUGGUGAAGUACAAAUUAAAUCUGGUGCUAGUGUACCAUAAGACAUUUAAGCUAAAUAAGAUGUACUUACAAACUCAACAUUCAUACCUUACUUCCUCAUUUCUUUAAGGCUCAGACUUUAAUCCCAUGCAGACAAAAAAUAAGCUAUAAUGGCCUCAUAUCACCACCAACUGGUUAUUAUGAACACACAUUCACCCAGCACCUCCAAAAGUCCCCCAGAAAAUUUGAACUCUCCUGCUUCUUUGGUUUUUAUCUCCGUGGUUAAUUCCCCUUUAGGCACUUUCUUUAUAUUUACCCACAUUGUGACCUUAGCCAGGUAAUCUUACUCUUCCAAAUGCUGUCUAAUUAUCUCCAAAAAAUUGACUACCACACCAUUUUACUCCUUGUUUGGCUCUAUAUAAAAAUGGAAAGAAGGGGGGGGGGAACCAACCAACCCUAAAGAAUGGUUUUUGAUUAAAAGUACACAUAUAAAGACAAACUCUUUAAAAAUCCAAAUAUACAGGCUUCCAAUUCAGUCCAAGAGUCAAACAACCUGAGCAGGUUGCUGACCCCAUGUAGGGACUGCACGAGAGCAGGUUGAGAGGGAAGGUGCCCAGGAGGGCAGAGGAGCAGGGUCAGCCCUCAGGUGGUCAGGAGUGGGGCAUUACUGUAAUGGGAGGCAUUGGAACAGGGUGAAAGCCAGCCUAGCGGGUCAGGAGAUCAGGGACUGAACAAUUAAGUAAAUAAACUGAGGCUACAGGAGCCAGGUUUCUCACUGAUGGAAAAGUACAAAUAAAAGGGAAAGUGAGAACAAACCCUGUAGUAUAGGAUUAGAAUUUGAACUAUGAGUUUUACACACACACACACAAUGUAAAAAACAAAACAAACAAAAUACAUGUGUCAUACAUAGGCAUAUCCUAGUUCUGAACACUGAGAGGAUGGGGAGCAAUGCCCGGGGAGUAAGGAGCAUACCUAGUGCCUAGAUUUUGAUUUUUAAACACUAUUCUCUGCUAAAGGAAAUGGUGGCUCCUUUAAGAAGGAGCUGAUUUCAAGGAUGGAACAUGUUUUUGUGCCAGAAAAUAUAUGAAGAAUCAUGGGGAUGUGUCAAAAGGACACAGAAAGCAGCUUAAAAGGGUACACCAGGCCAAAUUAGGGAUAAUUUGAGUGUCAAAAGUAAUAAUAGCAAUUGAAUAAAACAGGAAUUCAUGAAUCCACACGGAUUUUAACUGAUUAAUCAGGAAAACAAGAAAGCUCUUCUUUACUACAGAAUAUUGACAAAUAAAUGUGGAUGGAAUUUUAAAAUUACUUUUUGGCAACCACUGUAGUAAUAAUAUGGGCAACAAAUACCAAUGGAUGAUAAAACUAGGGGCUUAAAAUGGGAUGGAGAAAUAAGAUAUUUACAUAGACUCAAGGUAGCUUCACGAAAAAUACAUGUUAAUCAUGUGUGUGUAUAAUAUAUAACAUAUAUACACACAUAUACAUGUAUAUAAAACUUUAGAGAAACCUGGCAGACACCAUUUUAAUCGGGUGAUCAAUGUUACCACCAUGGGUAAGAGAACAUCACGUGCCAUCUGACAGCAUGUAAUGAAAAGAACUCAGCAUCACCUCUGGAUCAUUCUGCCACAAACACACAACCGGGGUCUAAUCAUGAGGAAAUAUUGGACAAAACCAAACUGAGAGACAUUCUAUAAAAUGACUGCUCUGUAUUCAAACUUUUCAAGGUCAUGAAGGUAGAGGAAAGACGGAUGCCCUAGAUUUAAGGAGACUAAAGAGAUAUAACAAGAGGUGCAGUUGUGUGAUCUGGUAUCGGACUCUUUUGCUAUAAAAAGCAUUAACUGGAGCAAUUCACAAAAUUUAAGUGUGGUUUCCUACUUGAGUGGGAGUCUUCAUGCUAUUCUUGAAAUUUUAUUUAGGUUUGAAGUUAUUUCAAAAUAAAAUUAUAAAAAAUAAAAAUAUUUUCAAUUUUGUUGAUUUGCAUUUCACUAACAUUGUCUUCUGCCUUUCAGAGCAAAUGGACAGCUGCCUUAUGGGUUAAAGAGUAGUUUUCUAAGCUGGUUUGGCAAUCAAAACAUCAUUUAGAAUUUUUUUAAAAUGUGUUUUAAUUACACAAAUAAUACAUGAAUAUUUGUAGUGACACCAAAGAGUAGACAAAAAUGAAAGUUUGGUCACCUCCUACCCUUGUCCGUACCAAUUAGUUUGUUGUGUUUCCUUCCAAACGUUCUUCUAUGCUGUUGACUUGCUUAUUCAUCCACUGUAUCUUAGAUACCUUUCCAUGUCAGUACUUCAAAUAUCAUUCAUUCUUUUUAACUUACUUAGCUUGCAUGAUGUCAAUAAAACAUAAUUUGUUACCAUUA